GUUUUUGCAAAAGACAGUUGAGGGGUCCCUGUCCGAAACCACUUUUGUUUGCUUACUCCAGUGACUUCUUUUCUUCUUCUGAUUCUUCUCUUGCUUCUCUCAGUUAGCUCCACCUUCUUCUCUCUUUAUCAUCCUAUUGCUAUAUUUUACCAAUUUUACUGUUUCCAAUGAAAAGAUCAUCUUCAAAAGGUGAAGCUAAUGAUGGGGUUAAGGGAAGCAUAGAUUGGGAGCUCAGACCUGGUGGCAUGCUUGUUCAGAAGAGACAAUCCCUUGACUCCUCUUCUAGUCCCAUGAUCAAAAUCAAGGUCUCUCAUGGUUCUUAUCACCAUGAGGUCACUGUUCCUGCACAAUCCACUUUUGGGCAUCUAAAAGGGGUGCUUGCAACCGAGACUGGUCUUGAGCCUAAGGAGCAAAGGUUACUAUUUAGAGGGAAAGAGAAGGAGGAUGAGGAAUGCUUGCAUAUGGUGGGGCUGAAAGACAUGUCUAAGGUUGUAUUGCUUGAGGAUCCAGCCAGCAAAGAGAAGAAGCUCGAGGAGAUGCAGAAGAGUGAAGAUAUUUUGAAGGCAUGGGAAGCCAUCUCCACGGUCCGAACAGAAGUUGACAAGCUACAUAAGAAGGUGGUUGCUUUGGAGACAACUGUUUUUGGUGGUACAAAGGUUGAAGACAAAGAAUUUGCAAUCUUGACAGAACUGCUAAUGCUCCAAUUGCUUAAACUGGAUUCCAUUGCUGCUGAUGGAGAAGCCAAAGUACAUAGAAGAUUUGAGGUUCGUCGUGUACAACGUUAUGUGGACAGUGUUGACAACCUGAAAGCAAGAAAUUGUGGUGCAUUUAGCAAUGGUGGUAACAUGAAUGCAGUACCAGUAAUUUGGGAGGCAUUUGAAUCAGGAGUUGGAAGCUUGAAGUCACCAACUUCAUUUCCAACAUCAACUGUGAUUACUAAAAACUGGGAGCACUUUGAAUAAAUGCAAAUUCUUUCCACUGAGUUUGCUUAUUUGUAGAAGAGGAUUCAAUGAAACUUGGUCUGUGCAAUGACAGAGAUGUUUUCAGAAGUGAAGAAGGGUUGUACAAAUUAAUAAAUGGAUACCUGUACAUGUUACUUCUCCAUGUCAGAAUGAACACAUGAUUUUGCCUU